AUGGUUAACUCAACAGCCAUACAUUUACGGGAUAAUGACAACGCUGAAGGUUCAAAUGGAAAAAAUUCGUCAUUUAAUGAUUAUGCACAUAAAAUACAUUUGAAAAAUCUAGCAUAUGCGGAAGAAUGUGGUGAUCGAGAGAUAAAAUCGAAUAUACAUAGAAACUUGGGAUAUCAGGGCUCAAUAGAAUGGACAGCCUCUGAACAAGCUAGGCUUUUCGCUGCACUUUUUUAUGGUGGUUUUAUAACAAUUUGGUUCUCGGGCUAUUUAGCUGAUAGAUUUGGCCCAAAGCUUUUGAUUGGAAUGGCUGUUUUAGAUAUGUCUGUAUGCUCACUCCUUUCUCCAGUGCUAGUUGAUCUGAAUUAUUAUGCAUUUUUUGUUGCCAGAUUUUUAAUGGGUCUCGGAGAUGGUUUCAUCUUCCCAACAGUAGCAUCAGCCAAUGCUCGUUGGUCACCCCCAGCAGAACGUAGCUUAAUGUUCGCAAUAUGCACGUUGGGUAACCAAAUAGCUGCCGUUGUUGCUCUUUUACUUGGAUCACGACUUUGUGCCAUACAAUUUUUGGAUGGAUGGAGAUUAAUUUUUCUUAGUUUUGGUGCCAUUGGAAUGACAAGCUUUACUUUAUGGACUAUUUUCGCUGCAAAUAGCCCUGAUGAAAGUAGCUGGAUUGGUUUAAAAGAAAAACAAAUGAUAACUGCUAGCCUAACAGCAGGAGGAUCUAGAAAAUCCAUUAGCUCUAGAAGAUUAAACACGGGGAAAGUUCCUUGGAGUAAAAUGGCUAUGAGUUUACCAUUGUAUGCUGGCAUAAUUGGACAAGUAAAUUGUCAAUUUUGUACAAUGGUGUUGCAAUCUUAUUUGCCUACAUAUUUAAAGGAAUAUUUGAAAUUGAGUUUAAAUGAUGUAAGACAGUAUUUUUUGAUAAUAAAAUUCGUUUCGAGUAUUUUGAAAAUCAUACCUCAAACAGAAAUAAGGCCAAAGCCUAGCAUAGUAAAACACUAG